AUGUCAUAUCAGGAGUCCGCCCAGCUGGGCAAGGGACCGAGAAGGCACCGGUCCAGGAGAUACAGGAACGACAGCAUUGACAGACCAUACAGGGGCUCAACGGCAUCAUUCAGCAUCCCGCGCAAGAGCCCCCAAAGUAGCAUCUCGUCAAGCAUGUCGUCCGCCUCGAUAAGCCCCUCAAACUCGGCCUCGCAGCACGACGCCGACUCCCCGUCCACAACCGCACCACCACCCCCGACCACCACCAACACCCCACCAACAAACCCAUCCCCCCGGCCCCAGCACCAACCCCCCGACCUCGAGCUCGGCCCAGAAAAGCCCACCCAGCUCAUCGACAUGCCCCUCCCCUGGCGCCCCUCCCACCUCCGCCGGCGCGUCCUGCUGCCCUUCGCCGGCGCCUUCGCCGGCCUCGUCGUGGCCCUCGAGGCGCUGGCCGACUACUCUCGCCGCAGCGGCGGCUUCGGCUUCGGCGCGGGUGCACACGGAGGGUUCCUCUACUACCUUUGGGUCUCCGCGGCCCCGGCUCUGCUGGCGCUGCUGGGCGCGCUGUGGGCGCGCGUCGAUUACCAGGCCCGGGCGGCGGCGCCGUGGGUGCGCCUGUCGGGGGGGAGGCCGGAGGCGGCGGAGAGGACGCUGUUGGUGGACUAUGUGUCCAUGGCGAGGGCGAGGGCGGUCGUGAGGGCGGUCGCUAAUGGGGAUGGCGUCGUUGCGUGCGCGGCGGGCGUGUCGCUUGUCCUCGGGGCGUUGGCUGUCCUCUCGACGGCGCUGCUUGCUGUCGGUGGCGGCGGGAUGGGGGUCGUGUCUGUGCCGGUCUCGCUGGGCACUGCCUUUGUUGACGGCGCGGAGGGGCUGGCGGGUGCGGGGCCGUUGUCGUUUUAUGCGAUGCGUGGCCUGCAGCUGGGGGGUACGGUGUCGCUCCCCGAUGGGGUGGCGCCGCGGUUCGCGUACCAGCGGUUCUCGACUGGGAUUGCUGCUGGUACGGAGGUGGAAGUGGCGGUCGAUGGGUUCUCUGCCGGGCUGGACUGCGAGGUCGCCCGGCUGGGUGUCACGGGAGUGGAGUAUGCCGCGCCCGACGUCCAGUUCAACAUGACCUUCGACACACCUAACUGCUCCGUCGCGAUGCCGUUCAGCAGCCGGAAGCUUGUCGUGCCGGAUAACCCCCCUGGCACGGCGGGACAGUCGAGGUAUUUCGCGCGUCUCGGUCGUGGCGCCUGUGCUGGGUCUGCCAGCCCUGAGGACCAGCGCGUGGUCAUCAUUUUCGGCAUGGCGGCCAUCGACCCAGCGUCUGUUCCCUCUGAUCCCGUCGUUGGCAGGAGGGUUUCUAUCAACGGGACGAUCCCGCAGUCUGCUCAGCUGCUCUGCAAGCCGACGCAGGCCAUCAUUAGCCGGCUGAACAUCAGGGCAAAUGGCACGACUCUGCUCGGGCUAGAGCUCGCCGACCCGCCGCAGAACAGGACGCUGGAGAAGGUUGGGCCUUGGGAUGUCGCCCAGGCCAUGUUUGAUUCCUACAGGAAUGAUAUCGCGACCGGCAUGGCUGACACGACGCCACCAUUCUAUCUCCCAGACUUUGUGAAUGUCGACUCUCCCAUGUUUCUGGCCCUGGGCAUGCGGCAGAAGGGGACGGGCAGCGCUACACCUCCGUCGACCUUCCUUGAUGGACCCGCGUUGCGAUCCUUGGCUGAGGACUACUUCCAACAACACGCUACAAUUCUGGCCUCGACAGCCAUGACCGAACAAACUACAGCCUCAGCUACGGGGACUGCCGUUCUCGAGGACGAGAGGUUAAUUGUCAGGUUCCUGACGGUGCAGUUGAUGGUCGGCCUACUCGGCGUCGCCAUCAUCCUCACGACUGUGGCGGCAUUCCUGGUGCCUCGCAAGGGCUUCCUCCCGCGGGACCCAAACACCAUCAUCGGCACCGCCGCCCUAACUUCUCAUAGCCGGUCGCUUCUACAGUCGCUAAGAGGCGCCGGAGGUGGCAGCUCGGCUGUGCUUCGCGAGCGCCUCGGCGGUUCCAGCUACUUCACCGGCGUCGAGCCCUACGAGCACGCCUCAUCAAACAGCAUCGGCUACUUCAAGAUCUUCGGGUCUCCCCCGGCGCAGGAGGCCGAAACGCGCCCCGUGGAGCGGACUGAAAGCUUUCCAUUUCCAAUCGUUCUGCAUCCUGUCGUCAGGAUUGCAGCGUUCGCCCUGGUUGUCGCAUUAAUAAUUUCCUUGGAGCUCACCCUCCGUAUUUCGAAGAACAACGAUGGGCUCGGUGACGCUGCAGACGAGAGGUCCUACGCCCACUUCCUCUGGACCGCGGUGCCGGCGCUGGUGCUUAUGCUCUUCGCGACAUAUUUCGCUUCCGCCGACCACACGAUCCGCGCCCUGGCGCCGUUUGCGGCCCUGAGGCGGGGCGGAACGUUCGAGAACUCAGUCAGCCUCAACUACCUUGAUAAGUACCCGCCCGCGGUCCUGUAUGCGUCGGUCAAGUUCCGCAACGUCGCCGUCGCAGCUGCGACCGUCGCGUUGCUGACGUCGUCGCAGUUCGUGACGUUCACCGCGCCGGCCUUCUCGGUCCUCACUCUCCCCGCCGUCUUGCCGGUCCGGCUGCUCGGCCUGGAUGACUUUGCAAGCAGCGGGUCGAUUCCGGACCUGGGUUCCUGCGCUGACUGUGGGGAGAAUGGGGCCGUCGUGUCGUCUCUGAUCCUCAACGCCAAUAUGCCUUAUCCGGCGUUCACAUAUGAGGAUCUGAAUUUCCCGACGCUUGUCCUCGACGGCGCGCUGGACAAUGCCGCCAUUCCCGACGAUGCGGUCGUCAGCGCUUCUCUGCCGGCUGUUCGUCCGGCCAUGUCUUGCAGAAUGCUUGAACAGUCCGAUAUCGCAACGAACCUCACGCCACUAGGGAAUACGGACUCGACUGCUAGCACCUUUAUUAUCGGCACUGCAGAGCCCCUGGAUGGCGUGACGGCGAUUUCCCAGGAUGCCUUCUUCGGAGCGACAGACCACAUGCAAACCAAGCUCGACAAUGGUACCGUCGUAUCCCACUGGGUCUAUGUCUGGGGGGAGCUUGCCGAUGCCAACACCAAUCGGACCACCGUCAAGGCGAUAUCUGCCAUGGCUUGCAACGAGUCACUCGAGCAGGUCGACGCCAGCGUAACCUUCUUCGGCUCCUCACUCACGAUUCUCGAAUCCAACCCGCCGGUAGUUGAGUCGAGCGCAAUACCAGUUACUAUCGCAAUACCCACCGACUCUGCCAAUUUCUACAGCCAGUUAGCCAACCUAUCCACCCCACACAUCCUGGACCCCUUCUUCGCGUCCCUAGUCGCCUCCCGCUACGCCAUUCCCGUCAGCAAUCUCGGCAACCCCGACCGGGACCUCACCCAAGGUGUCCCCGAGGCGAUCAUCAAGCAACACAAGAUCAUCCGCACCCAAGUCCUCAGGGACGACCUCACCCGCCAGUCCUCCGACCCGGCCAAACUCAACACCAACAACACAACAACCACCUUCGCCGGCACAUUGACUUCCGCAGCCCUCGACCCAAACCUAGACAGCAGCACCAUCGCAGGCCGCCUCUCCGCCCGCCGGCGCGUCGUCCAAGACCCCACCGCGACGCGCAUCCUACAGGCCCUCUUGGGCGCGACGGCGAUGCUGGGGCUCCUGAGCUGGGCGGCGGCGCAGCGGGCGGACCAGGUGCACCCGCGGGCGUCGGCAGGGUCCGGGUCGAUCGCGUCGACGGCGGCGCUGCUGGCGGACGGCAGCAACAUGUUCGGGCUGCUCGGGCGCGCCGCCGAGUGGCAGGCCGACCCGGCGCGACUGCGGGCGCUGUUCAUGGAUGGGCUGCAUGUCGCGAUGGGGUUUAGGCUUGGACCGAUCGUGUUGGUGUCCCGGGGCCACGUGAUUAGUGAUUACGUGCCAGCACGCAACACCGCAACAAUGGUCAACAUACCGAAGACGCGCAAGACCUACUGCAAGGGCCGUGAGUGCAACAAGCACCAGGUCCACAAGGUCACACAGUACAAGGCCGGCAAGGCCUCGUCGUUCGCCCAGGGAAAGCGACGAUACGACCGCAAGCAGUCGGGUUACGGAGGUCAGACCAAGCCCGUCUUCCACAAGAAGGCGAAGACCACCAAGAAGAUCGUCCUGAGGUUGGAAUGCACCGCGUGCAAGGCCAAGAAGCAGCUGCCGCUCAAGCGGUGUAAGCACUUCGAGCUGGGUGGCGACAAGAAAACCAAGGGCGCCGCGCUCGUCUUCUAA